AUGUCACGAUUGACUGACGCCCCAUUGGAAAUGCUGAAUAUAUCAGAAGAUAUGUCACGUUCAUCGAAUAAGCUACACACAGUUUAUGUUCGGUUAAUGUUUUUACGAAUAGGUGAAAUUGAUACAUUAAAUGAAAAGUAUACAGCACAAGCAUCUAUUGAAGCUCGUUGGGCAGUUGACAUUGAUAAAAUUUUACCAGAUCUUUCUUCUGAAGAUCAAACUCGUUUAAUUAGCGGAAAAUCUGUUUCACCACUUACUAAAUAUCCUCAGACAAAUUGGGUACCACAACUUUAUAUUGAAAAUGCUUUAGGUGAUUUAAAAGAACAAAUAAGAUAUACGGCGAAAAAAUCUAAAGUAGAUAAUCAAAUAUAUGUUUGUGAACAUCGUGAUAUAAAAGGUUUAUUUUGGGAAAAACUUGAAUUACAUCAUUUUCCUUCUGAUACUCAAGAAUUAUCAAUAUCUAUUGCUUCAAUGUUUUAUAAUGAUCGAGUUCUUUUGGUUCCUGAUCCACAACAUGCAAGUGGCGUUAAUCUAGAAGCAUUUGUUGAUCAGCAAGAAUGGAAAUUAUAUGCCUAUGUCAAUAGUAUACAAAGAUUUGUCGAUGAAUUUGAUUUUCAUUCAGCCGCACGUGAUGAUGAUGAAGACUCUAAUACUAACGAAGAUCGAAAACGUCCAAUUGUAACAGUUACUUGUCAUGUUGCUCGUCAAUCACAAUAUUUUUAUUGGAAUGGAUAUUGUCUUAUUUUCUUUAUUAUGUUAAUUUCAUUUACUAUUUUUUGUGUUCCGAUACAUCAAAUGGCAAAUCGAAUUCAAUCAGGUUGCACACUUUUGUUGACAUCAAUUACGUUCCGUUGGACGGUUAAUAGAUCGCUUCCAACUAUUUCAUAUUUAACAUCACUUGAUAAAUAUGGAAUAUUAGGCAUAGUUUAUCUUGUAAUUCAUGUUAUAUGGCAUGCUGUUAUUGGUACACUUCUAUUUGAAAAUGAACCUAGUUUUGUUGCUAAACCAGGUAUGACACUUGUAAAAAUUGAUCGAUUGGCAUUUUUUAUUAGUCUUGGUAUAUUUGUUAUUACUCAUAUUGCACUCAUCCUCUGGUUAUAUUUUGUUCCAUUGAAGCAUCGCAGAGAGAUGGAAAAAAAACAUAAGGAAUUAAAAUCAGUUAAGGUUGGAAAAAUGAGAAAUACUAAUGUUCAAUCAGGCGUGGGAAAAAAAUAUGUCAUUUCGACUCAUGAACGUAUACCAUUAAACUAA